GGAAACGGAAACGUCGGGCAGCGCUGAACCCAUCGGGAUGCAGAAGCCGCCAGGAAUUUCGGUGUCGAUGCAGACGGAAACAAGCUGGCUCCAUGAGCACGCCUCCGGAAAACCAACCCUGCCAGAGGCAUGCAGCAGCUUGGAUGUGCUGUGUGACAUGGAGGUAAGGGCUCACUGGUUGCAUACACACACGUUAUGCUUGGUGGUUUUAUCCCUGCACAAAGAUAUGACUCCACUUUGCAUUUGGUAUUUCCAUUUUGAGUUCAAUGAAGAUUUUGUGAAGCUGUUCAAGAAAUCUCUGUGCACGCUCCCCUCUGUUGGCCUGCCCACCCUUCUGGCCUACAGAUCCGAAUUGUCACGAGAAAACUUCCGAAUUGAGGUGAAAGAGGACCCUGCACCAAGGUGUGAGUACUGUGGCAGCCCGCUGAGGCUGUUCCCUUCCUUCGAGGACGUUUGCGCGCCAUCGCAGGACUAUGACUCGAAAUUCUGCUGCACACGUAACCGGGACCUCUACGAGUUCAUCAUGAGGGAGAGGAGGAAGCGCGAGGGUGCCAGGAGCGCUCCCGCUGCUGCCAGCCCCCGUGAAGCCCCCGUCAGCAAAGCUGCCAGGCCCCCAGAGAAGGAGAGAGCGAACCAGAGGCAGCAGGAGAGGCAGAUGGCCAUGGAGCUGGCUUCCCUGGCAGCAGAGCUGGCGAGCGAGCCUGAGCGCUCAACCCACGCUGGCACCAUCUCCUACCUCCUCUCUCGGGAGCCACCGUUGCCAAUGGGACGGACGCUGGUGCCUCUGGGGAGUGCAGCAAGGCCUGAGGAGGAGGAGAGGGCUCUCUGCAGCGUCACCUGCUGUGACUUCGCCCUCACGGGCGGGAAGGUAGUGCAGAAUAAGUUGUUGGAAAAAUACUACAGACACGGAGGGAAAUUCCUUACCACGCUCCCCGAUGGAACGGCGCAGUUAUUCUAUCCAUCGGGGAAUCUGGCGGUCAUUGUCGUAAGAGAGAAAAACCAGCUUGUUUGCAUAGUGCAGGAGGACAAGCUGAAUAACGCCAAAAUCCAAGCAGUAUUCAAGUCCAACGGCAGAAGCACUUGCUAUUACCCCAACGGAGCAGUGUGGAUAAACAUGAGCAUUUGGGGAGGGCAGUGUUUGGACCAAGCAGGCAGCAGGGUGAGGAGGUGGACGUGGCCGAACAGCACCACAUCAACAGAACUCCACGUCCCGCUGAGCCCCAUCUUCAUCUCCUUGAACCGGCACGUGGGGGUCCGGAUCCUGGGCCAGGACAAGAUCACCAUUUCCUUUCUUGCUAUGGGGCAACAGGCGAAAUUCAAUGUGGGAACCAAAGUGCAGGUCAGUGACAGUGUCCGGCUGCCUCCCCCGGCCCAGCUGGGCGACGAUGAGCUCCUGCUGCUCGCCUUCAGGGUGAGGAUCCUGCGGCUCUUCGACAGACUGCGGGGAUGCUUGGACUUUCCUUCUAACAAGCAAUGGGAGAAAAUGAAGCCUCCGGUGUAUCUUAUCACGCAGACUCUGAAGAUCUUGCGGCUCUGCACAGCUCCUGACAUAAGCGAUGAGCUGCGCAGCUCGGUCAGGGCAAUAGUAAACACUCAGAUCUGA